GGUACGUUGGCAGAGUCAUUCUAUACCGUUCGAUCCUGGCGCUGACGACUGCCAAGCAAACUGUGCAGUCCAAAUGGUGGAGGGGGUUUCGAUAUUCCUAAGAUGUUCUUCUCGAAAUUUCUAAACUUCACGGCGGGGUUUUCUGUUUGUACACCUCAUCAUUAGUUGCCGGAACUGGAGUUUGCCGUUUCUGAACUGUUUCGUUUUUGGGUUCAUCAUUUUCACAGAAAAUGGGUUUCUGGACCUUGUUAGAAGGGUUUCUGCUCUUUGCAAAUGCAUUGGCAAUACUGAACGAAGAUCGUUUUCUUGCUCCCAGAGGAUGGACAAUAGCAGAAGUAACUGGGCCCAGGAGGAAUACUCUCAAGGGGCAGAUUGUAGGGCUCAUACAUGCAUGCCAAUUCUUGAGACUUCCCCUUAUACUGUUGAAUAUCAUCACCAUAAUUGUGAAGCUCUUCACUGGUUGAGUUGGAGAGACUGAAUGAAAAUCUAUGUUCACUUUAUGAACUUAUAAGCUAUACCAGCAUCAUCAAUCGUGUAUUGUUAUUUUCUGUUCCCACCUGCAGCUGCAUGUCGUUGCUUUUACGGUUGCUUGGAAAUGGAAUGUGAGGGAAUUUUAAUUUCUGGAGCCUCUGGAAACUAUGUAUAGAUGUAACAAAUUGAGAAAAUGUAAAAUUUAUUUUCUA